GCUCAGCUCUGCUUUGCUCUGUUCUCUGUGUGUGUGGAUGUAUGUUAGGUUCAUCUCCAAUUGAGGCCCCGGUCCCCAGAAUAGAAUAGGAUAGAAUAACAAUCCCCUUUUGAGUUUUGACUCUUGAGUUGAGAAAAAGGUUGUUAGAAGAAUGAAAAUGUGUGAAAAACUGUACUGCAUUUGGGCCGUGUUGUUGGUUGUGUUGCUGCUCGAACCCGAUAUCACAAACACAGUUCAAGGUCAACAAAUUUACUUGAACAACAAACAGCUCGACUGCUAUAACGAUCGCAACUUCACGGAUGGGUAUGCGUGCAACGGCGUCCAAACUUCCUGCCAAGCAUUCCUCACCUUCCGAUCCAUUCCUCCUUUCAAUUCUCCCUCAUCCAUCGGCUUCCUCUUGGGUUCCAAACCCACCCUCAUUGCCGACGCCAACAACAUGUCCAACUUCGACACCAUCCCCGCAGACACCCAGGUCAUCAUCCCGAUCAACAAUUGCACAUGUUCCGGUCCUUACUACCAGUACAACGCCUCCUACAGGCUCAGCAGUGAAUCUGACACCUACUUCACCGUCGCCAACGACACCUACCAGGGGCUCACCACCUGCCAGGCCCUGAUGGCUCAGAACCCUUACGCUGACGUCAAUCUCACGGUGGGCCUCAAUCUGGAGGUGCCCCUCAGGUGUGCCUGCCCGACUUCCAAACAGACGGCGGCUGGGGUCAACUUCUUGCUAACUUAUAUGCCCACCGAGGACGACGACACUUCCACUAUUGCGGAUCGAUUCGGUGUAGAGGAGCAGAGCAUUUGGGACGCAAACGAGCUGUCUGAGGAAAGCAUUACAUUCCCUUUCACACCCAUUCUAGUUCCCCUUAAGACCAAGCUUAAGCCCUCUCAAAUUCACCCACCGCAACCGCUCUCUCCGCCUCCAGCACCGUCUCCCCAAUCAACCAUUACCCUCAAACCCGGCUCUGGGAAAUCCAACAAACGCUGGGUAUUCGUGGGUGUUGCGGUCGGAGCUACUGCUUUGCUUGUCCUCUCCGCUUUUCUGCUUUGCUUCUUCUGUCGUCGCCGCCACUCUCAAAACAAGGCACCCAACCCACUCCGACCUCUGUCCCCACCACCCACCAAGAAGGAAAAUUAUUCCUGGUCUCAAGGGGUUCGUUAUGCCGUGGAAUCCUUGACCCUAUACAAGUUUGAAGACUUACAGAAGGCUACCGGGUUCUUUUCGGAGGCCAACAGAAUUAAAGGCUCAGUCUACAGGGGAUCCUUUAUGGGUGAUGAUUCAGCUGUUAAGGUCUUGAAAGGGGACGUCUCCAGCGAGAUCAACAUGUUGAAGAUGAUCAACCACACCAACAUCAUCAGGCUCUCUGGUUUCUGCGUACACGGGGGGAACACCUACCUCGUUUACGAGCACGCAGAGAAUGGGUCUCUCACCGAUUGGCUUCACCGUCACGACAACAAGUCUUCCCCACUGGCGUGGAAGCAGAGAGUUCAGAUUGCCUAUGAUGUGGCCGAUGCCCUCAACUACCUUCACAACCAUACCAACCCUCCCUACAUCCACAAGAACUUGAAGACCAGUAACAUUCUUUUGGAUUCCAGCUUCAGAGCCAAGAUUUCCAAUUUCGGUUUGGCAAGAACGCUGGAGAAUCAAGAGGAUGGAUUCCAACUCACCAGACACGUGGUUGGCACUCAUGGUUACAUGGCCCCCGAGUACAUGGAGGAUGGAGUGAUUACUCCAAAGCUAGAUGUGUUCGCUUUUGGGGUUGUCAUAUUGGAACUCUUAUCCGGAAGAGAAGCCAUUAAUGACAAGCAUGGAGGAGAUCAUGAGGAGGAUUUGCUGUCUGCAUCCAUAAGACGGGUGCUUGAAGGAGACAAUGUGAGAGAGAAACUGCGAGGCUUCGUUGAUCCUUCUCUUAGACAUGAGUACCCUCUGGACAUAGCCUUCUCCAUGGCCCAGCUAGCUAAAAACUGCGUUGCUCAUCACCUAAACUCUCGUCCAGCAAUGCCAGAAGUUUUCAUGACUCUGUCCAAGAUUCAUUCCUCUUCGUUAAACUGGGAUCCAUCUGACGACCUUAAACGUUCCGGCUCACUUGGUCAUACGCAUGGCAGAUAGAUGAUGAUGAUGAUGAUGCUGCAGAUUGUGAGAUGCAUGCAUAAUAAGAGUGAUAUCACUGUUAAGUGGCGUUAACGUAGUGCGUUUAUAGUAGGAAGGGAAACCUAUUAUGUAAAAUAAUUAUUUAUAGGGGAAAAAUGGAAAAUGCAGUUUAUCUCAUAAAGUUUGAGGAAUUUUUCAAUUUUAAUCCUAAAGUUUAAAAAUUGACAAUCUACCCUCCUGAAGUUUAAAAAAUUGGCAAUUUAAACUCUCCG